UGACUAGACUGUUUUCCUUCAAGUACCUCUGCUCAGACCUUCAUCCUCAAGGGCAUGGCACCGGGCUGAGGCGACCGGAGGCUUUUCGCCCCAAGGCCCGCCUAGGCCACCGCUGAGGCUGCCCACGGGAGCCCGGGGUGUCCCCAGCAGGCGGGCCGGGCGGGCGCCUCCCCGCGCCGGCUUAGCUGCCCGCUGCCCUGCCUGCGCCCGCCUCUCCCACGGGGCGGGCCGCUUCGCGCCGCUAGCCGGCCCCGGCUAAGCAACCUCUAGGCCCCGGGCUCCCAGGCCGGGAAGCCCACGCCGCUGCGCUGUAUUUCAUACGCGGUUUUUGCAGUAGGUUGAGGUUUCUGUCGGCCUGAGCUUGGGACCUACGCGUAGAGGACCCGUUUUUGUUGUGGAGGCUGAGUUUAGCGUUGGCUUUCUUUCUCCCUCCCCGCCUUCUAACAUGGCAGCCUCCAGCCGUGCGCAAGUGUUAGAUCUGUACCGAGCGAUGCUGAGAGAGAGCAAGCACUUCAGCGCCUACAAUUACAGGACAUAUGCUGUCAGGAGGAUAAGAGAUGCCUUCAGAGAAAAUAAAAAUGUAAAGGAUCCUGUAGAAAUUCAAGUUCUAGUGAAUAAAGCCAAGAGAGACCUUGGACUAAUCCGUAGACAGGUCCAUAUCGGCCAACUGUAUUCAACUGACAAGCUUAUCAUUGAGAGUCAAGAGAAGCCGAGGACCUAGAGACCAAGUCACCAGCGGCAGGCCAUGGACCACCUUCAGCAUCCAUUCUGUGUGCAGCCGGGGGGGCUGCUAACACCAGCUGUACAUAAAUUUUUGCUUCACCUGUCCUGUAGGAGCUGAAACUGGAUCUUCUUUUUAUUCUGUUGCAGCUUUAGUGUGAAAGGAUGGUUAUCCUUCCUCUAUUCAAGUGUUAGAAUGAAGAACUGGAGGUCACUCACAAUAAUGCUAUGUAUUAUUGAGUCUCUUCUCCACCCUAUCCCCAUCCUGCAGCUCAUCCACAUUUGUAUAGAAUGUUUGCAGCCUCUGUUUCUUGGUCCUUAACUAUAAACUGAAUUGUGUCCUGUCCUUUUGCCCCAAAUAAACCCCUUAUAACUAA